GCAGCAGCUUCAUUAGCAUCAGGGGGAGAGUCGCUCACAGGCAGCCACACCAGGACUCGUGUAGACAAACUGCUGUUAUCCAUCGCUUGUGGAGCAGCACGGGGAGGCACCAGUGGAGGAGGAGGAGGAGAUCGAGGCUGAAGCCAGAGCUUGAGCGAGAGGCUGAGAAGCAUCGCUGCCACCUGACUCAUACUGGGAGUCAGCCUCGGCACCUGCAGCGGCAGUCUGAGCACUCAAGGAGACUGGGGCAGACAGAGAGAGAGCUGCUGAGAUUAUGCGCGGGGCAGAGAGCUCCUGUGGAUUCCCCAUCUUUGGCAGCGGCAGCAGCAGCAGGAGGAGCAGGAGCUGUGGCUCUACAGAUAGCAGCAGAGCUAGCUGGAGCUGCAGCAAAACAAGGAGCCCCAACUUCAAGGCUAUUAAUUCACCCAGAGAUGAAUGUAGCAUUUACAGCCAAGGUGUAACAGGAACCAGCUGUCCAUGGUGCCACAGUGUUGAAUGUACCUGUAGCCAGAGCAGUGACAGUCGCUGCAGCACUGGUGCAAAAGUGACCACAGCAGUGCAGUCAGGUGUAGUUGUAGCAGUAGCAGUGGGGGGCAGCGGCUCAGGACACUGAAUGACCAGUGUGGCUGAUGAAGGCCACCUGGAUCCGCUUGCUGAAACGAGCCAAGGGAGGUCGCGUCAAGAGCUCCGAUGCCUGUGGUUCGGCCGACUCCUACACCAGCCGUCCAUCAGACUCCGAUGUGUCCCUCGAGGAGGAUAAGGAGGCAGUGCGCAGAGAGGCAGAGCGACAGGCUCAGGCACAGCUUGACAAGGCCAAGACCAAACCAGUUGCAUUUGCUGUCCGCACAAAUGUCAACUACAGCCCGUGUCACGAUGACGAUGUCCCUGUGCCAGGCAUGGCCAUCUCCUUUGAGGCUAAAGACUUCCUCCAUGUCAAAGAGAAAUUCAACAACGACUGGUGGAUAGGACGCCUGGUGAAGGAAGGCUGUGAAAUCGGUUUUAUACCCAGUCCAGUGAAGCUUGAAAACACGCGUAUCCUCCAGGAGCAGAGAGCCAAACAGGGCAAGUUCCACUCCAGUAAAUUGGGAGCAAACUCAUCCUCUAGUUUAGGUGAAGUGGUUCCUAACUCAAGGAAAUCUACUCCUCCUUCGUCUGCCAUUGACAUAGACGCCACAGACUUAGACCCCGAGGACAAUGAGCUUCCAGUCAACCUGCGCUCCCCUAAAGCCAGUCCAAACACUGUCAUGUCACCCCUAGCAAAAGAGAAACGAAUGCCCUUUUUUAAGAAGGCGGAACACAUACCUCCGUACGACGUUGUGCCUUCCAUGCGGCCCGUGGUUCUGGUUGGACCGUCACUGAAGGGCUACGAGGUGACAGACAUGAUGCAAAAAGCACUGUUUGACUUUUUGAAACACAGAUUCGAGGGAAGAAUAUCAAUCACUCGUGUCACGGCGGACAUCUCUCUUGCCAAACGCUCAGUCCUGAACAAUCCCAGCAAGCAUGCCAUCAUCGAACGCUCCAACACACGCUCAAACUUGGCUGAAGUCCAGAGUGAGAUUGAGCGGAUUUUCGAACUGGCCCGCACGUUACAGCUGGUUGUUCUGGACGCCGACACCAUCAACCACCCGUCACAGCUCGGAAAGACUUCCCUCGCCCCCAUCAUUGUCUACGUCAAGAUCACCUCUCCCAAGGUGCUGCAGAGGCUCAUCAAGUCCAGAGGCAAGUCUCAGGCCAAACACCUCAAUGUCCAGAUGGUGGCAGCUGACAAGCUGGCUCAGUGCCCUCCUGAAAUGUUCGACAUCAUCCUCGAUGAGAACCAGCUGGAGGAUGCAUGUGAGCAUAUGGCUGAUUACCUGGAGGCCUACUGGAAAAGCACUCACCCCACCAGCCCCCCCAACCCACUGCUAACGAAGCUGCCCACAGCCACCCUGCCCUCCAGCCCGGCCCCGGUUUCCGCCGUGCAGGGCAGCAGUGCCGAGCAGAAAGGAGACAAAGCAUUAGUGGAGAGAAAGGGCUCCAGAGAGGAUCACCAGCACCAUCAUCACCAUCACCACCACCACCACCAGAGCCAGGACCAGGCUGAUGCCGAUGCAGAGGCUGAGGGGGAGGGCAAUGAGGAGGAGAGGCCUCUGAGGACAGAGUCCUCUAGGAGAGCCCAGCACAUCCACCACCGUUCGUCUUCCACCAGGACUGAGCACCACAACCACCAUCACCACCACCACCACCACACCAACCGAACCCGGGGCCUCUCCCGGCAGGAGACUUUGGACUCGGAGACCCCCGAGAGCAGAGAGAGCCGAGAGAGCAAGGACUCUGCUUAUAUCGAGCCACGCACACAGCUCCUCCACCAGGAAGAGGAGGAGGAGGAGGAAGAGGAGGAGGAGGAGGAGGAGGAGGAAGAAGAGGAGGAUCUGGGGGAGGGGCACCCCCAGCAGCAACAGCGUUACGAGCCACUGCCCCACCGGGACCACAACCACCAUCACCACCACCACCAUCACCGCGGUGGGGCGGACGAGGCUGGCCACAGCACAGGACACCACCGUUCAAAGGAGCGCGAACAGGACCAUAAUGAACGGAACAAACAGCGCUCGCACCACCACCGGCCAGCACGUGACCACCACCACCACUACUAUGACCGGGACAGAGACAGGGACCGAGAGGGGGAGGUGGCUCCCAAAAAGAGGGGUGACGCAGGGGAAUGGGCCAGAGACUCCUACAUCCACCAGUGACAGACCAAAUCCCUCCUGAAGCUCAUCUGGACUCGUAACCAUUCUGUUCUCCCAUCGUGCUGCUAUACCCUGAAACCACAGCAUCCUAUUUAUGUACACUUCCUUUGUAAAUGCUGUUGCAUCUUUUUCAAUGGCAGGAUUUUGAUUACAUAGAUACAAAUAUAAAUAUAUAAAUAUAUGUAUGUGUGUAUCUAUGCAUAGACGUUGUUUAUGUGUGGAUAUGCAUGAAUAUUCUCAAAUAUGCAUAUUUUAAACCUGUGUUUGAUAAAGCAUGACACAAAAGCAGAAUUAUUUUCUGUACUGAGCUGUGCUUUCUGUGAUUAGCAUUUUUAUUUUUAUUAAUUUGUUUUGCUUGCUACCACUUGAAUAAUUUGUUCCUUCAGACUACUGCUAGGGUUGACUGCAACGGUUGACUAACCAAGUUAGUUUGAUGCUGUAUUUGCAGAGGUCUUUUGUUUAAAACAAGAGUUUGGCAUUUGGGAAAUUAAGCUCAUUCGCUUUCUUACUGAGAGUUACACUCAGUUGCCAGAUUAUUAGGUACACCUAGCUAAAACAAAUGCAAUCUAAGAAAACAGUCCUGCAGUAAAUCCUGACUUCAUGAAGGUCACAAUGUUCAGCUUUUCUUGAAAUUGAAUUUUAGGAUCAUUUUGCAAACUGCAAUCUGUUGGAUUAUAUAAUGUAUGGUUUUACUGGCAGGCGUUUCCAUUAUUUUGUCCACCCUAUAUCAGUGAGGGUGGUCUAAAUCAGUGGUUCCCAACUGGUGGGUCGCGGGUCCAUUGUGAAUGGACCGCAAGUGAAUCACGAAUGUGUCAACUGUGUAAAAAAACACACUUUAUGUAGUACAGUGAAUGAAGUACAGUGAAUUUCCAGCCCAGGGCUUUUAUUUUGAAGUGCUGUUUCCUGUUGUAGAGUAAGUGACUAAUAGACAGCUACUUGACAGAGACAGCUUGACGACAAGGCCAAAUGCAAGUAUGACACUGAAUGUAUUAAACUGUGUGGACCUUGUACAUGUAACUAAGGAGAAAUCUGGACCCCGAGGCUGGACCAGCUGGGAACCACUAGUCUAAAUAAUAGAAACAGGACAACAGUAUUAGACUGCAUUAGUUUUAGCUACCUGAUAAACUUACAACUCAGUCUAGAUGAGAUGAUCAAUACUUAUUGUAUACUGUAUGUUUUGUGAAUAUGAAGCUACAGCUAGCAACCUGUUAGCUUAGCUUAGCUGGAAACAAGGAGAAACAGCUAGUCUGAAGUAAAACACUUUAUAACUCGUGUUUUGUCUGUACAAAAAAUUAAGUCUAAACACAAGUUUUGGUUUUACGGCAGGGCUUAAAGGGAUUGUAAGGAUCUUUUGAAGUGGAGCUGUAUGAGGUACUCAUCCAUAGACAGUGUUUAACCCAUAGUAGAUGUCAGUCGGCACACCUCCAGUUUGGAGAAGCAGGCUGGAGUCCAAGAUGGAAGCUAAGCAAUGCUGUGGAAGGGGGCAGCAGCAAAAUCUAUUUUAGACAACUUAAAAAAGUCCACCUAAAAAAAAGUGUACGCUAUAUUGAGAAUAUUUUUACUGCUUUACCUGUCAGGUAGCCCUUACUAGUUCAAGGUAAUGGAAUUCCAUCCAUCCAUUUUCAACUGCAUAUCCAAAGAGUCGCGUGGGCAGCAGGCUGAGCUAAGUAUUCCAGACAUCCCUUGCUCUAGCAACGCUUUCCAGCUCCUCCUGGAGGAUUCCGAGGCGUUCCCAGGCCAGAUGAGAUAUGUAAUAUUCUGGGUCUGCCCCGCGGCCUCCUACCAGUUGGGAGGCACCCUGGAAGCAUCCUGGACAGAUGCCUAAACCACCUCAACUGACCUCUUUUGACGCGAAGAAGUAGCGGCUCUACUCCGAGCUCCCUACGGUUGUCCAAGCUCCUUACCCUAUCUCUAAUGCUGAGCCCAGCCACCCUACGAAGGAAACUUUUUCCGGCCGCUUGUAUCUGCAAUCUCAUUCUUUCGGUCACCACCCAGAGCUCAUGACCAUAGGUGAGGGUUGAGACGUAGAUGGACCACUAAAUCAAAAGGUUUGCAUUUCGGCUCCCUCUUCAUUACGACGGUCCGGCAUAGUGCUUGCAUCGCUGCAGACGUUGCGCCAAACCGCUGAUCCAUCUCACGCUCCAUUCUACCCUCACUCGUGAACAAGACCCCGAGAUACUUGAACGCCCUUGCUUGAGGCAGCAACUCUCUCCCAACCCAGAGAAGGCAAUCCACCAUAUUCCAGCAGAGAACCAUGGCCUCAGAUUUGGAGGUGCUGACUCUCAUCCCGCCCGCUUCACACUUGGCUGCAAACUGCCCCAGUGCAUGCUAAACUACAAAAUGAAUGUAGUUAUAAUCAGUAAUAGUUACUGAAUAAAAAGGUAUUAAAUUACAGUUACUAAUCAAAAUGUUGGUAAUUACAAAGGGUUAAUAUUUGAAAACAGCAUAUUCUUUUUGGUAAAAGGUUUAUAUGUAGAGUAUAUCAUUGGUAAAAUAGGGUAAAUAGUUAGAUUACUUAUUCGAUUCUCAACAAAGUAACUAGUACUCUGUAACAAAUUACAUUUCAAUUGUAACCUUCCCAACAGUGGAAGCCUGAACAGCUUCAGUUCCUUAUCUGCGCUCUCGUCAAAGCCACUAGACUCCAUUGAGAAGAACAGUAAUUGAAGCUCACUUAACACACGAGUUGUUGGUCUACUACUAGUUUGUUUGUGUUAUUGUGUCUGCCACAAACUCAUUGAUUGAAGCAGCGGUAGACCAGCAGCUCCUGUGUUCAGCUGUGAUAAAGUAUUAUUAAUCUCAUUGGAGUCUGGCUUUCAAGAGAGGGAUAGAACGGCUUCAGUUCCCCUUCGGAAAUUGCUGUCUGACGGCAACGUAAAGCAGUUGCUUAGCUUUCAUGUUGGUACUGUUAUCUCCUUCUUCAAACUGCGGGUGUGCCGACUGACAUCUAUCAUAGGUGAUACCUUGACUGUGGAUGAGUGCCUUAUGCAACCCCACUUCAAAAGAUCCAAACUAUCCCUUUAACUUCAGCUAAUGUACUGUAAGCUAUCCAGCUGCUAACGCUAGCUGCAUAUUUACCAAACACAAUGGUAAAAAUGGUGUCUAUCUUCCCAUCAAACUGUGUGCAAGAAGGCUAAUGAGCAUAUUUCCCUAAGUGUCAGACCACUCCCCCAAUUUUAUGUUCAUCAUUUACUGCUUAGUUCCUUUUUAAAAUUCUGCGUCCAUGGUUUUAAAAAUUUGGUUCAGACAUAUUUAAGCCUCCCUUAAGGUGCACCUUAGUCUUGCUUUCCAAGACGAACGAGUUCUAUGACAACUUCCUCUCUUACAUGCAGUACUGUUCUCUUUGUAUGGGUCCAGAAACAUUUUAUAACAUUGAUACACCCUUUAUUCUGCACUUUUUUCUGAUUCACGUUGGUUUAAAGUGAAAUUUGAUAAGACAUUGCAACCUAACUGAUAGGUCUACUACCAAAACUCCAUCCAGGUUCAUCUUUCUAUUAAGUCUGACCCCUUUUUUUCUAACGAAUGUUGUUUAAUUCCCACGUUAAGAAUGUUCAUUUUAGGAUUUCUUCUUCACUCAGUAGGUUCCUCACUACAGAAUUCAAAUGUUUACCAGACAAAGAUAGUUUUGUCUUUUACCAUCACUCCCCUGACCAACAGGAUCUAUUUUAAGAGUCAACUUUUCAUGUGUUAAUUAAUGAUACUGAGAUCUGAAUUGAGCUGCCCCUCUGUUUACAAACCCACCCCGUCCCUUCACUCCCUUUGAUUUUGCCUGACAAUUGUAAUUACAGGAUCUCCUCCAUUUCUAUGCUACGUUGGUAGCACUAGAGAUUUUCUAACAGUGUACAUGUGUAUGUACAUAAUGCAUAAAUAUAAAGAAUAAAGUUGGAAACAAAGGA